AUGUGUGGCUUGUGCGCGAUUGCUUGUGAAGGUGCGCCGGCCAGCUCACGCCGCUCGCCAUUCGAUGCCACAGCGAGUGGUUGCUGGCACGUUCGACGCACCUGUUUUUUCCACCGCGGUUUCUGUUGUAUCGUCGUCCUCGGCCUUCGGGCGUCGGCGUGCCCUGCCCGCGGACGUCUCCGGCCGCUGGAAGCCGCGAAGGCCGCCCCGUCGGCGCGCUUGCUCGCCGGUUUCCCCUCGCUGCGGAAGCUGGAGGAUGGGCCGAUUUUCCACCACCACCGCUGCCAUCGGCAGGAGAGGGAGGAGGAGGGCCCAUCACUGGCUUGGCAUCGCUCGGACGUGUGCAUUUUUCCUUCGGCGAGGACCAUCGAGGAGCAUCCUUGA